AUUGACGACUCGUUGGAUGCGGACAGCGAGAUGGAGAAGAAGUCAUCAGUGGAAAACAAUUUUGUGAUGGCAGUCACACAGAUCCGGCAAGAGUUGAACAACGACCUGAAGCAACUUGCCAAAGCGGCGUGCGAAUGGGAUGGCUGGUCCAUCUGGGAUGCGUUCAACAGGGAUCGAUCUAGAUCUCCGAUACGCCGAACGGUGGCCACGCAGACUGGAGAGGAUGUGGUAGAGUUGCAAGAACAAGGCGAUGGACGCGGUGGUCUUCAAGAUGUUCGUCACAAUGCUGCAGAAGUUCCGGAUCAACCAGCACUGGAUGGAGAAUGUAACAAUGGACGCACCAAGGAUCAGAUCGUUGCCAGCGCAGUACCAGAUGCGGACGAAGGGCGCGAGACUGAGGGCAAUGAGG